AUGCUUGUGGGCGGGGUUGUGGCCCGUGAGGAGAAGAUCAAAUCCAUCACGCCGCAGCCAAAGACCCUGCUGAAGCUGCACAAGAUGUUCCGGGUCAGGGACGAAGCGGCCAAAGUGGUGAUGGCUCGCGACCUCGCAAGUGCUUUGAAGGCUACUCUCCACAAGAACAAGCACUUGAACGUGCCUUUGGAGCAACCGCAACUUGAAGAAGUGAUGCACAAACUCAGGGACGUUCAUGGCGAAGUUUUUGGAGAUGUAGUUCAUGCGAGGAAGUCCCACGCCGGCCCUUCCAUUAUGCCUUGGAAAGGCUUUUUGAACUGCUUGCUACUUCAAAAGCUUCCAGACUAUGCCUCCGGCCAGCUGGCCCUUCGCCUCUUCACCAUCCAGAAGUGCUUGCUAGGCGACGAUUGCCCCAGCAACAUGACCUCGCAGGUGAUCAUGCAAGCUUAUGAGCAGGUGAAGAAGCCUGUCACCAGUUGGGAGAGGUUCGUGCUCAUUGUGACCGCGAUCUCCACUUUGCUUAUUGCUUGCAGCUUCAUCGCUACAGGCGUCUCGUUGGAUUACGCGCCAAACUGGGCGGGAUGGUUCUAUGUGGACACAGGUUUCGCUGUCCUCUUCAUGUUUGAGGUGUUCAUCAAGAUGUUUUGCCUCGGACCACGCAAGUACUUUUGCGGACCAGAGAGAGUCUGGAACAUCUUUGACACCAUCCUUUCCUCUGGCGCAGCCGGGGAAAUCGUCUACCAGGUCGCCAUCCGCGGGGCAUCUACGCCGAGCCGGAUCGCUUUGACGAUUCGUGUCUUGCGACUUGCGCGUGUUUCUUUCUACAUGCGGCUUAUCAACACGCCACUUCUGACAGAGCUGUCCAACAUUGUCCAGGGCUUCAUCAUUGCCGUGCCCUCCUUGUUCUGGGUCAUGCUGACCCUCUUGGUGAUUGUGUAUGUCAGCGCUUUGG